GAAACACACUUCAAAAUAUGGUGGGUCCAUUUUCAUCCUUCAAAAUAAUCAGAGCCCAAAGAGUAAAAAGAAGAAAGAAACCAACGCAGUUUUUUUAUUCUCUCUCCUUUUUUUGUUCUUCAAUGGUUUUAGGGUUUCAAUCCCUAAACAUAGGUUUGUUAGCUUUCUCGUUCCUCACAUUUUAGUCCCAGAAUCUAUUCCUCAAUGCUUUCAGUUCUCUCGUCUUUCUUAAGGUACUUGGAAUAUAUGAGCUUUAAAAUUGUUUUGAUGAAAGAAAGGUCACAAGUUGCUAUGAAUUCGGAUCUUUGAAGUUGGUCCAAACGGAAACAUGAAUUAGUAUAAAUUUGGAGGGUGAUAUCAUUACUUUUGUUUUAGGACACAGCUGAGAAAAUUUAGUACUUUGUAACAGUUAGAAUGGGUUCAUAUUCUGGUACUCGUGAAAUAGUUGAAGUGGGCGAAGAACUUAAACCCGCACAACAAUCUAGAGGGGCAUACCGACCACAUUAUGGAUUGGGUGUGGGUGAAAAAGAUCGAAAGCCUCCUGUGCUGAAACUGGGAUACAAGGAUUCUCUAGAAGAUGAUAUUAAUCAGCUUUUUCAGGCUAUCAAUCUUAAAGGUCCCAAAGGUUUAAGUGUUUCUUACCAAGGAGGCGCAAGCUCAAGCUCUCCAAAGAAAAAUGCUUUGAAGAAACCAAUUACAGUGGGGAUGCCCCAGUCCCCGAGAAUUGGUGGUUCAGAGCCGUUGUCACUGAAGCAGGCUUUAAGGGAUCUUUGCAUUUCUAAGGCAUCAGAAAUGGCUGCUAUGAAGCGGUUAUCAAUGUCAACUAGUUCUCCUGGGGUCUCUGAAGCCGGAAGGAUAAAAAGUUUGUUCAAUUCAGUUGUCGUUGAAACUGCCAGUGGAUCUGGUCUUCCCAGAGAUGAAGAAGAUAAGAGGAGCAUGGUUGAAAUAUCUUUGGUGCCUGAAGAAAGCAAAUCAGCUUCUUCUCGGAUGAUGGCUGUGUCACAUGAAGCUCUCAAGAAUAAGUCAUUGAGCCAAAGUGCUAAUUCUUCACCUCAAUUUGCCCUUGCAACCAGACAAAUUAGCACUGGAAGUCCUUCAUCAACUCAAACUGAUGUUUCUGCCUCAAGAAAAGUUGGGAAUCAAGCACCAAAAGCAGAGCUGCAUCAGAAAGAGAAGCACACUUCUGCAUCUUCUCCAUCUUGUUCUUACGCUGAUGAUAAUAUGUUAGAAACGGACAAUACAGUGCCUACUUCAAACAAGUUAUUGAAAAAAAUAUCAACACCAAAGUUGGGAGGAAAGGGCAGGCUGCAUGCUGUUGCUUCUUCUAGCUCAAUAAAUGGCAACAGAGUAAGUAGGGUAACAAGAAAUGCACCGCGGGUGGCCAAAACAGUUGUCAGGAACAAAAGUUCUGUCAAGAAGAAAACAAAGCAGGAUUCCUCUUCUGUGGCAUGUGCUGCUAAUGCUUUCAAUGAAGUUAAUAGCAGCUUGGAUUCCACUGCGAGUCAGUUAGUUUGUCAGAGAUGCCAGUGCUCUCUGAAGAGUUCAAGUAAUGAAUCUAAUCAAGAUUCUGUGAAGUCACAGUCAGCUGGGAUUAUUGCUGAAGUCAGCUCAAGGCAUGUGAAUUCUGAUGUUCACAAACCAACCUUGGCUGAAAGUAACUCUAACAGAAGCCAAGCUGCUGGUCCAAGGGCUAAAAGGAGCGCUAAAUCAAGAGAAAAGGGAGACUUCUCCCAAAGUUCAAGUAGCCUUGGUGAUAGUAGUAGCACAAGCAUCAGUGAUGACAGCAAUUUAAGUGGGUCUAGCUGCAGUAACAGACCUCACAUGUCAAAGGAUGUGAGGUGGGAAGCCAUCCGCCACGCUGGGAUGCAGGAUGGAGUCUUGGGUUUGAGACAUUUCAAUCUUUUAAAGAAGCUUGGUUGUGGAGAUAUUGGCACGGUAUAUCUUGCUGAGCUUAUUGGUACGAACUGCUUGUUUGCUAUAAAGGUCAUGGACAAUAAAUUUUUGGCAAGAAGGAAGAAAAUGCCAAGGGCCCAAACAGAAAGAGAAAUAUUAAGGAUGCUUGAUCACCCUUUUCUCCCUACUUUAUAUAUGCAAUUCACAUCAGAUAACUUAUCAUGUUUAGUUAUGGAGUACUGUCCAGGUGGAGACCUGCAUGUCCUCCGGCAAAAGCAGCCUGGAAGAUGUUUUCCUGAGCCAGCAGCUAGGUUUUAUGUGGCUGAGGUACUUCUUGCUUUGGAGUACUUGCACAUGCUUGGAAUUGUUUACCGCGAUUUGAAACCUGAAAACAUUCUGGUUCGAGAAGAUGGCCACAUAAUGCUCACAGAUUUUGACCUUUCACUUAGAUGCACAGUUAGUCCAACUCUCCUGAAAUCUUCAUCAAAUUUGGAUCCAGCAAGGAUAUCUGGUCCAUGCACAGCUUCCAGCUGCGCAGAACCCUUUUGCAUCGUACCAUCUUGUCAAGUCCCAUGCUUCAGUCCUAGGUUCUUGCCUGCUGCUGCAAAAGCAAAGAGAAAGGCUAAGGCAGACGUCGCUGCACAAGUUAGAUCACUGCCACAGCUUGUGGCUGAGCCUACUGAUGCAAGAUCUAAUUCCUUUGUUGGGACCCAUGAGUACUUGGCUCCUGAGAUCAUUAAAGGAGAGGGUCAUGGAGCCGCCGUUGAUUGGUGGACCCUCGGUGUCUUUCUUUACGAGCUUCUCUAUGGUAGGACACCCUUCAAAGGUGCAGGGAAUGAAGAAACUUUGGCUAAUGUUUUGCUACAGAGCCUUAAGUUCCCGGACAGUCCUUUUGUUAGUUUCCAGGCAAGGGAUCUCAUCAGAGGGCUGUUGGUAAAGGAGCCAGAGAAUCGGCUGGGAACAGAAAAAGGGGCAGCUGAGAUCAAGCAACAUCCAUUCUUUGAAGGCUUGAAUUGGGCUUUGAUUCGAUGUGCUGUUCCACCAGAACUACCUCGGUUCUAUGAAUCUGAGGUUCCGAGCAUGAUAUGCCCGGAAACAAAGAGCAACGAUUUGGAAUGUAAAGCUACAGGAGAGCACCUUGAAUUUGAGCUGUUUUGAUGAAAACAUCUACUUUAAGAGAAAGUUUCCAUAAGAUACCACCCCAUAAUGAGACCUUGAGCCCUUUAAUCAAAAGAUCUCCCUCCCCUUGUUGUAAUUAUAUAUGAAGCUCAUAAUGUAAAUUUAAUUGAAAAUAUUUGAAGCCGUCACCACAUUUUGUCAUAUCAGACGCCGAAAUCUUUUCAUUCAGCAAUUAGUUACUAUGAAGUUGUCCCACAAAUUGAAGAUGACGACCCAUCUUUCUCCCCUCAAUCCAUACUUUCAUCACUUUUUAGAAGUAAUUAAAAGGA